AUGGGUACUCAUAAAGAAUUGGAUUCUUUAAAACUCCAAUUACUUAAAGAUUUUUUGUUAAAUAAAAAUAAACUUAGUUCUUACAUUGUACAAGGAUUUCCUACGCAUAAAAGAACACUUUUCGAUAUUAUUACAUCGACUUUAAAUGAUGACAACGAUGACGGCGAUGAGAUGAAUGUGUUUAUUAGAUUUGAGAGACAAGUUAGAAGUAAAAUAAAAAACUUUACCGAAGUAACUGUAUUGGACAUGACAGACAAGGACUUCAAAAUUCAUUUUCGUUUGACAAGAGAGAGUAUUGAGAUUUUAAUUUUCAAUUUGGGUCCUUUAUUGUCAAAUUCAAAGUUCAAGUGUUCCAUUGAAAAACAAAUACUGGUGUUUACAUGGUAUAUGGCUAAUUGUGAAACACAUCGACAAAUAGCAAAUCGAUUUAAUCUAUCUGAUAGCACCAGUCAUGGGAUUAUUAUAAAUUGUUUGCUACAAUUAAAUACCCUUAAUAGAGUUUUUAUAAAAUGGCCAAGCGGUCAAAGGGCAAUAGAAACUAUGGAAAAAUUCCAUGCCUUAAGGCAAACUUCUUUUCCAAAUGUUAUUGGAGCUGUUGAUGGCUGCCAUAUUGCCAUAUUAGCACCUUGGGAGAAGAGAAGUGUGAUGCCAAAAUUAGAUAGGAAUAUGUUUUACAACCGUAAACAAGUUCCAUCAGUAUUGCUUCAGGGAAUCGUAAAUGCAGACCAAAUCUUCAUAGAUGUUUUUGCCGGUUGGCCUGGCUCGUCUCACGAUGCUAGAGUGUUUCGAAAAAGCACAAUAGGGCAAAAUAUUUUAGAAAAUCAUGGCUCUAUACUCCCCCCCAAUUGCCAUAUUUUAGGCGAUGGAGCAUAUCCAUUAACCGAAAAAAUUAUGGUGCCAUAUAAGGAUAACGGUCACCUAACACAAAAUCAAAAGAAUUUUAAUAAGAUUUUAAGCAGUUCACGUGUGGUUGUCGAACAAGCUUUUGGAAAACUUAUUGGAAGAUUUCGAAAAUUAAAAUACAUUAGUCAUUAA